AUGCAGGGCGGCGCGCCCGCUUCGGAUGCCGAACAAGCCCAGUUUGAGGCUGAUAAGCGCGCUGUCUACAAACACCCCCUAUUUCCUCUCUUAGCGUUAUUAUUGGAGAGAUGCGAGCAAGCCACGGCUGGGGCAGAGCCCCCCGCGGCGGACGCCUUCGGUGCAGACCUCCAGGCGUUCGUGCAGCAUCAGAGGCGGGAUAGGCGCCCGUUCCUCGUUGAUGAUCCGGAGAUCGAUGGACUGAUGAUUAAGAGCAUCCAGGUGCUAAGAAUCCACCUGCUGGAGUUGGAAAAGGUUCAGGAGCUGUGUCGAGACUUCUGCGGUAGAUACAUAGCGUGUCUCAAAACCAAGAUGCAAAGUGAGAAUCUGCUGCGGACCGAUUACUCGGCAGGUGGUGUUGAAAGCAAUAACAACUUAUCUGGCACAAUGGAUGAUCAUUCCAGCACAUCCAACUCCCCACAAUAUCAGUCGCCCCCCGCUGCACCGUUACCAGCCCCGGUGUACCCGGUUUAUCCACCACCCCAUACGGAGCUGCCCUUUCCACCGCAUAGAGACCCUCCAUCGCUCGUAGUCCAAGGAUCGACGCCGAUCAGUCAAAUCGGCGCUGGCUUGCUGACAACUGACUCGUUUACCGGUAAAUUUAGAUCUUUUAACAGUGCAAAUUCCAACAAUUCCUGUUCAUCGGUAUCAGGGUCUCCGCCCCCGGAUGAUGACGGAGAGGAGGGAGGAAAGAGGGGUGUUUUACCAAGACACGCGACGCAAGUGAUGCGCGCGUGGCUCUUUCAACAUCUAGUGCACCCCUACCCAACGGAGGAAGAGAAACGUACUUUAGCAGCUCAAACAAGAUUAACAUUGUUACAAGUUAACAAUUGGUUUAUCAACGCAAGACGCCGCAUUCUACAGCCUAUGCUGGACUGUUCGGAUAAGCCUGGUGGAAAGAAAAGCAAAAACGGAUCAUCGAUAAGCAAGAGGUAUUGGCCGGAUGCGCUCACGAAUCCACAGUUUACUGCCGGUAUGUUAUACCCAUAUAAGGAAAUAAGUAGAAAAUAA